UUGCUAUGCAUUGUUGCGUAUAGAAUUUAAGAAAAUUUUAUGUGUGGUAGAAGCUUGUUGGUAUUUACAUUCCAUCCUUGGUUUUUUUUUUUUAUAAAAUAUAAUUCAGUUUGCUAGAAUGGUUUAUUAUUAAUGAAUUAAGCACUAAAUCCGACAGUAUAUAUAUAAAACACAUUUGAGCUAUUACAACCACGGAUUUAUUGACAUUGAAGUGUCAUGUCAAGGAGUUGCGGAGAUUCGCACAUCAUCGUACAUAUCGGAAAAAUAGUUGAUAAAAGAUUUGAAGUUGUUCAGAAAGUUUUUGCAAAUCUGAUAACCAUGCUUAAACAAGCAAAAAUGACUUACAUUAUAGCACCUCUGUGUUCCAUACACUUUAUGUUAAAUAAUUCAGCGGGAAUUAUUAAGCUACCGAAAGACAGAAGACCUCUAAAGAAAAAUUAAAAAAAGUUAUCGUUUUAUUUUUAAUAAUCAAAAGACAAGAAAGUCAUAAUAAUAAAAAAAAAAGUUGUAUGUUUUAUAUGCUUGGACCUGUAUUUUUGUAAAACUAUUAAAUUAUUCAAUAUAAAAUGAAGUUAUUAGAAAGCUCACGUUUCGAGGCAAUCAACAAUGCUCUUUCUAUACAAACAAGCGGUAUCACAAUCUUCGGACGUAUUGAAAGCUAUUCAUGUAAAAUGGUUGCAGCUGAAAAAGUUUUGUAUAAGCGAUUUACGGCUGAAACUCAUGGGCAUGACCUUCAGGCACUAUCGCCUCCUCAAACGUUGACCGACUUUUCACCUAACUUUCGUCGGACCAACAGCCAAUCAGGAGAUGAGGGCAUAACUCUUUGUGAUACCAUCUCUAGAAAAACAUUGUUUUAUUUAAUUGCAACUUUAAACGCAUCAUUUGAGCCAGAUUACGACUUCACUGAAGCAAAGUCGCAUGAAUUUAGCAAAGAGCCAUCACUACAGUGGGUUAUGAACUCAAUCCAUUCGAAUUUAUCGGCAUUAGCUGGAGAUCAAUAUCAAGUUUUACGCCAGCCGUUAUGGUCAGCUGUGGAUGACGAAGUGAAUUUAUCAGAUUGUGACAUAUACAGUUAUAAUCCGGAUCUGAGCUCUGACCCAUUUGGGGAGCCAGGUUGUUUAUGGUCAUUUAAUUAUUUCUUUUACAACAAGAAAUUAAAACGAAUUGUUUUUUUUACAAGCAGAGCGGUAAAUUCACUUUAUGCUAAUGAAACCUUGGAUUUCUCGAUGGAAGACGAUGUGUAUUAAAGUAUUACUUACCGUUGGUUAAAAUUUUGUUAGAGUAAUCGUGCUAAUAAAUAUUUCGCAUUUUCUCAAAAAGAGAAAUAUAAAAUAAUAAAUAAUAAUAAUUAUAAUAAUAAUAAUAAUAAUAAUAAUAAGUAAAAUUAAUAAUAACUGAAACAAACUUGGCCAACUUGGAUAUACAUAUAUUAUCGCAGUCGGCGUUUUGGCGCAACGAUUUUCAUGAAAAUAAAAUUGUAAUUCUAAGCUUUUGAGAACCAAAAAAUAUACCUUUUAAAGAACAAAAUAUUUUUAUUAAGCCCGGAACAAUCUCCCGAAAGUCCUCAAAAAAAAGUUGGUUUCCUGUGUGCAUCUAAACUGUCCACAGAAUUAUCCGAUAUACAACAAAAAAACUGUCCCUGAGUUCUUACGUUUCGUUUCUAUUUUUUUAAUUUUUGCUGAUUAUUUAAAAAAUUGGAAGUCAAAAUGUCGAUUUUUGAUUUUAAAACAGAUUAUUUUUGAUUAAAAAGUAUAAUAAAAUUUAAAAUGAAAAAAGUACCUAUAUAAAGACCUGUAGAAUUGGUUAAAGAAGUUACGUGCCAAAUUUCAAAACGUUUCGUCCUGUAGAAUUUGAUUUAUCGUGUACACGGAUUUUAAAAAGACUCUUUUCAGAAGGGUGGUUCACACUUUUUGAUACUAAUAUACAAAUGACCUCCUUUCAACUACGCAUAACUUUGAAGAAUUAUUCUUAAGAUAUUAGACAAUAAUUUAAAAUAAAAAAUUGGAUGGUAUUUUAAACAAGAAUGCUGUUUCAUAAACUAAGACUAACUUUAAACUAAUAGGUGUUCUUUUACUUGUGAUGAAAAAACAAAAAAAGCAUUGCUUAAAAUUAA